AUGAUGACGACACACGUCCGCAUCCGUUCAGUCUUACUAGGAAAGGCGGCAGUUGCAAACCCGGCCGUCAUUUCCCUCAGCCGCAGUAUCGCGCUCAUUUUCUUGAUCACCGUCGCCGCAAUCUCCGGAGUUUGCUCCGCUCCGCCUCCUCUUUCCGCUUCGAAUCCGCGCGAACGGCCUUCCGCGUCGCCGCGCCUCCGGCGGAGCCUCCGACCCCGCCUCCCCUCCGCGGCCCAUGCGGAAUUCUCUUCUCCCCUCACCGCCGCGCAAGCCGCGCCUUGCGGAGCUGCUGCUGUUGCGACAACCAGACGCGCUACUUUGAGCGGCGGCGAUUUCCGUCGCGACGAGUCACUGGACGCGCUGCGACGACGUAGGCGACUGGGCGGCAAAGUCGACGGGUGGAAUCUGUCGCUGAGGCAGUACGCGCUGGCGGCGAAUCGCACGCGUCGCAGGGACCCGCUGAACGGGAUGCGCGUGUACGAGGGCGGCUACGACCCCGCCAACCUGCACUACUGGGCCUCCCUGGGUGUGACAGCGGGGUUCGGGCCGCUGCACAAGCAGCUGUUGCGCCUUGCGCCCUCUUCCCUCGCCGCUCCCCGUACCCACACCCCACCCCUCUCCACCUCUCUUUAUCCCCGCCGGUGCUACAGGGGCGGGUUUGCAGUGAUGCUGGCGGGGGCCAUACUGCUGCAGAAGAGCAUGGGGAUGGUGAGGGACGGAGCAGUGGAGCGAGUGGGGGCAGUGGUGAAAACGGUAUACAAUGUCUCCCAGGCCAUGGCGGGGCUUACAGUGGUGGACGUUGAUGGUAAACAGAUGCCUGGUACGUGCCCUGGGUGCCCGUGCUCCGUGCUGCGGUGUAGAGCGGUGCAAAGUGUGCUGUGCGGUGUGUCUAGCGGUGGAGAGGUGCGCGGAGCUGUGGAGAGCUGCGUGUGGUGCUGGCAGGUGAGGAGAGAGGGGUUGAGGGCGGGCGUGCUACAGCGAGCGAAGUACGCGUGGUCGAUAGCGGACGGCAUGCAAAGCUCGUUCAACGCCGGCCGCGACACGGCAGACCGUGCCAUCAAAUACAUGUUCAUGUCCCUCUUUGCCAUGGGAGCUGUCAUCACAGCACUGGGCGUGGUUGGCGUGGCAUCAACACCACCCUCGCCCUUCUGUCUCCCUGCUCCCCGCUAUGCCUUCCUGCAGUCCUUGCGCACGAUUUCCCCCCCUUCCCAUUCCCACCAUUUCCUCUCUCAACGCCUCCCACUAACCCUGUCUCUCUGCCUCCACCCCUCCCCACGCGCCCGUGCAGCGUCAUCACCAUCAUGUGGGUUGUGGCGGUCGCUUGAAGGCGACACAGCACUGGCAGCAAACGAGAUACUUCACGACCCCUCCCUGCAGCAUGACAUCCUGGGCUCGCUGCCCUGCUCUUCUCAGCACAGCCUUGCCUCUGUGCGUGCCAGCAUCCUCGCUGCCAGCGCGCAGGCCACCAGCCUUGUCAACUCCACCGUUGCCACCAGCUACCCCCAGGUGCUGCAGCAGAUGCCAGGAGGACCCUACAGCGCUGUGUGUGUGCCGUACGCCCCUGCGCCCUCCUACACCCCCACCACGUGCCCUUCCACCGCCAUUGACCUGCAGAGUUUCGCUGCUAACCUGUACGGCCCGGCGAGCAGCGGCAUGGCAGUGGGAGUGGUGGAGGACAUAGCAGCAAACCUGUACGGCCCGGCGAGCAGCGGCAUGGCAGUGGGGGUGGUGGAGGACAUAGCAGCAGUGAGCAUGGGCGUAGCGGCACUCGGCGGUUCCCUCGCUACUAUGGGCGCCGCUGCCAACUGCUCCUACGUCCUCGACUCCUUGCAUGUGCGUCUGCGUGGGCAGAGAGGCAUGAAUCAGUCGACUCAAAAGAGUUUGUGGGGGAACAUGUGGGGAAGGGAGGGGGGUGUGGAAGAGGAGGAGGAGGAGGAGGAGGAGGAGGAGGAGGAGGAGGAGGAGGAGGAGGAGGAGGAGGAGGAGAUAGCGAGGUUUGCAGGUGGUAGAGGAGGGGAUAUUGAAGGGAGGAAGCAGUAUGCCAUGGACCAGGGCGACCGCAUAGAGCUAGACCUGCAGCUGCUCUGGAUUGGCUUCCUCAUCCUCUCCCUUGCCUGCAUGCUGCCGUCCCUUCUCGUCUCCCCUCACUCCCCACCUUGCUUUCACUCCCCUACCCUAUCCCACCGCCCCCCUUGGCACAAACACCAGUAUGCCAUGGACCAGGGCGACCGCAUAGAGAUGAAUCUGCAGCUGCUCUGGAUUGGCUUCCUCAUCCUCUCAGUGGCCUGCAUGCUGCUCGCCCUUUGCAUCCCUGUUUACGUGUACCGGGCCGUGCGACUGGGACCCGAGCCUGAAAAGAAGGGUGAUGCUGCCGACCCUGACAGCUGGAAUCUUCCCUGA